CGUUUUAAAUCUUAAAUGGUUUUGUAUUUGGUCAAGCGUGUCGCGUUUUCGUACGGAAAUACGUUACUCUUUAUCUAUUAGAAAAAAAAUAAAAAAUAAAUCGAAUUCUCUCAAUGUGCGUAAUAUGCAGGUAUGCUCGCUAGUGUAGGUACAGAGUGUACACAAUAAUAAAUUAGAGUGUUUCAGUGUCGUUUUCCUGACCUUUGCUCUUCAGUUGCACAUCAUAAAAAUACAUUUUCAUAUCUGCCACUGCUGCUCGCAAUCGUAUUUAUUAAUCGAAGCGCUACGCACAGAAACCCGCAUUGUGUUCAUAUAAGGUCUUGCAGCGUCCGAAGCAGCACGUGCAGCUGAUCGUCGUCAAAAUCAAACAACCGUUUUUAAAACGACAACCACACGUGUGUGAAAACAUAACAUAUGUCGUGAUAAACAGUGUCUCUUAAUAUUUACUUAUCAUACAAUCAUAAUAUUAAACAUUAUAUACGGCUGAUACACUAAUCGCGUUGUCUCCUUCGGGAUUUCGACGGUGCGCACGCGUUACGGGCGCGAUACGAGUGAGAAUAAAAUUUUAAAAUACUCAGCUGUGUGCGUACAUAAUUCGACUGAAUAAUCAGUAAUAUCCACGCGCGAUAUCGUCCGUUUACGGACUUUUCAAAUUCGCCGUCUAUUUAUCAUAGUUUUUUUUUUUUUUUUAACUAUCACAAAUCGUACAUUGUGAUCAUGUUUAACAACACAAGCAAUCUACUGCUGCAGACCAUGCUGUACUUGGCGCAGACAGACAAUAUCACAUUCCCGUUGAACUACACCGCGGACGCGAACAACGUAAUUUUGGAAGGCGACAACGUGGAGGUCAAGUGUUAUGGCGAAUAUGGUUGUUUCUCAGUGGCCGGUCCAUGGCAGGAUGUUUCCUCCAGACCCGUGAACCUGUUUCCGGAACAACCAGAAAAGAUCGCGCCGCGGUACUGCCUGUACACACGUAACAAUCGGAACGUGUGCCAGUACCUGAACCACAAGGACCGCAAUUCUGUGAUCAUGUCUAACGUGAUCCCGACUUUGCCCACAUACUUUAUUACACAUGGGUUUCUGGAAGGUGGUGAUCGACCGUGGUUAAAGGAAAUUUCUCGGCAAAUCCUGCGACGGUACGACGCCAACGUAAUUAUCAUCGACUGGGAACAGGGCUCUGGGUCACCAUAUACACAGGCUGUAGCCAACAUACGGAUGGUGGGCAGGAUAACAGCACACCUUAUAAACGUGAUUCGAACAGAACUCGGAUUAAAUGUUGCUAACGUUCAUCUAAUCGGUCACAGUUUAGGAUCACAUCUUUGUGGUUAUGUAGGAAGUGUGUUGCAAACGAACUUUGGCGUCACAGUGGGUCGAAUUACUGGUCUAGACCCGGCUGAGCCUCAUUUCAGCCAGACCGACCCGAUGGUGAGGUUAGAUCCUUCGGACGCUAUGUAUGUGGAUAUAAUACACACCGAUUCCAGGCCAUUUAUUAAAGGAGGCGAAUUAGGUCUGGGAAUGAGUGUACCAAUAGGACACUUAGAUUUUUAUCCAAAUGGAGGUGAAAAUCAACCCGGAUGUAAUCAGGGUAUGAUGAAGUAUAUUAACCGUGAAAACGGUAGUUUCUACCAAGGUAUGAGAAGAUUUCUAGCCUGCGAUCAUGUCAGAGCACACGAAUAUUUCAACGAAUCUAUAAACACAGUUUGCAACUUUGUAGCAAUAGAAUGCGAUUCUUAUGAAGAAUUCUUAAAUGGUGAAUGUUUUUCGUGUUUGAGCGAUACUAACCCUGAUGGUAAAAUCUGUGCAGAAAUGGGUAUGCGAUCGUUGGGCCAUUGGAAAAAAUAUGCUCCUACCAUUGCCAGUUCUCUUGAUCCUAAUACAUCACCACAUAUACGUUUAUACUCACUUACCAACGGAGACUCACCAUUUUGCACGUAUUUGUACAAAGUAACAUUGAAUUUGGCAAAUUCGCAAUUAAGCAAAGACCAUGGUGGUGAAGUAGGGCAUUUUUUAGUGCAGCUCGAAGGAACCGAUUCCAAGUCAAAACUUUUGAACGUAUUCAAAGAGCAACAUUAUAAACCAGGAAGUGUACAUCGUCGAGUAUUUGGAUCUAAUUAUGUGGGUACCAUCAAAUCAGUACUGUUGGUUUGGAACCACUCGACCACAAUGAACAUACUAACCUGGAGAUUCGAAGCGCCGGUCAUUUAUGUCGAAUCGUUGACUAUCGAAACAUUCAAUAUUGGCCAAAAACUAAAACUAUGUCCACCGAAAUUAAUAGCUUUGGAAGCCGGCCUAUCGUUUAGAAUGAUUCCGUGUUAAGACUAACAACGCAUGAAAAACAAAGAUACGAAUAUUUAAAAUCGUUUUUUUUAUUCAUAUUUGGCUAGAUUAAAAACGAUUUUAUUUAUGUAUAAUAUGAAC